AUGAGAAGAGAAACUCAGAGUACGAAAACGUCUCCCUCUCAUCAUCCUCCACCACUGCAACCCCUUCUCCCUGCCCCUCACCUCGCUCCCUACUUUUCCCGUCCCUACACUCCCCGUCCCUACACUCCCCGUCCCUACACUCCCCGUCCCUACACUCCCGGCCCUUCUCUCCCGGCCCCUAAUCUCCCCGUCCCGUCCCUAUUCUCCCCGUCCCUAUUCUCCGGUCCCUACUAUCCCCGUCCCUACUCUCUCCGUCCCUACUCUCCCCGCCCCUAUUCUCCCCGCCCCUAUUCUCCCCGUCCCUACGCUCUCCGUCCCUACUCUCCCCGUCCCUACUCUGCCGGUCCCUACAAUCCCCGUCCCUACUCUCCCCGUCCCUUCUCUCUCCAUGCCUACUCUCCCCGUCCCUAUUCUCCCCGUCCCCAUUCUCCCCGUCCCUACUCUCCCGUCCCUAUUCUCCCCGUCCCUUCUCUCUCUGUGCUCACUACCACUAUGAAACUCUCCGCAGCACUCGGCACCGCUCAGAGCCUCUCAUAA